AUGCGCCUCUCGUCGGCGUUUGCCGGCCUCGCUGCAGCAAUUCUGGCCAGCACCAGCAUCGCAAGCGAGGUAUCCCACGACCAGCUCGUCUCGCACGCUCUUCGAGCCAGGAGACAUCACGAUGCUCGCUUGACCGAAGCCGAUGUGGUCGAGCGAGCGGAUGCGGAUGAGAUCGCCAUCAUGCCCAUUGCUCGCGAGGUGGACAACACGGCGCUUAGCCAGAACCUUACCUCUCGCGCUCCUGCUUUCCGUUUCAACUACGGCGGACCAAGUCAAGGAGCAGAUCUGAUUCGAGGUGUAUCCUUGGGCGGUUGGCUCGUCUUGGAACCUUUCAUCACCCCUUCUCUAUUCGACAGCACCGGCCCUUCCAACAACGGUAUCAUCGACGAAUGGACACUGUGGUCGCGUCUAGGCAAGUCGGCCGGCGCCAGAUUACUCCAACCUCAUCUCAACUCUUUCUACACUCGACAAGACUUGGUGGACAUCAAGAAUGCGGGAUUCAAUUGGAUCAGAAUUCCAAUUGGGUUCUGGGCUUUUGAUGUGCAGGGUGCAGAGCCUUACCUCCAGCUGAACCAGUACGACUUGCUGAAGCAAGCGGCGGGCUGGGCAGCCGACAUUGGCCUCAAGGUGAUGGUCGACGUUCACGGUUUGCCCGGAAGCCAGAAUGGUAAGUUUAGGAGGUCGUGCGGUGAAGAGUGCUCCAUCUGACUCCUUUGACGCUGCACCUGAUCAGGCUUCAACCACAGUGGCCGCCAAGGCAAAGCGCGCUGGUCCAACGGCACCAAGAAUGUGGAGCGCUCCCUGGCCAUCAUCUCGACUUUGUCGAACGAGUUCAGCAAGGAGCGGUACGCAUCCAGCGUCGUUUCCAUCGAGCUCGUCAAUGAGCCAGUCAAUGUGGAUGAUGGUGUUCUCAAGAAGUACUACCGGGAUGGAUACAAGAGCGUUCGGGACAAGGGCAACCUCGUCGUCACGCUCGGUGAUGGUUUCAAAGGGGGAGACUACUGGAACGGUUUCCUCUCUGCAUCCGACAAUGGGGCGUCGGGAGUCUCGCUGGAUCUUCACAUUUACACCGUCUUCGACAAUACUUCCAUCAGGCGAAAAGCGCAAGCUAGGCAAGACUACUACUGCUCCCUCGGAUCCAAGUAUGAGCAGCUGAACAAGGACAAGUGGCUAGUCGUCGGAGAGUUUUCGCCCGCUUUCACAGAUUGCGCAAAGUACCUCAACGGAAGAGGUGUGGGGUCGAGGUACGAUGGCAGCUAUCCCAAUUCUUCCAAGUAUGGCGAUUGCGGACCCAAGCGAGGUCCCGCUUCCGGCUUCUCGGCGGGCUACAAGGCUCUGCUGGCUCGCUUUUGGCAAACGCAGGUGGAUGCGUACAGCAGAGGUUCGGGAUACAUGGCUUGGACUUGGAAAACUGAGGACGGUACGGCCGAGGAGUGGAGCGUCAAAAAGGGCAUUCAGUACGGCUGGGUGAGUUUUGAGCGUAUGCUUAUGGGCCGAGGGCCCCUGGUCCUUGUGCCCUGGGACGAGGACAUGAAAAGAGAUGCAAGAGUUGACAGCCCCCAACAACUUGUUCCUGCCGCACCUCAGAUUCCCCGCAACGUCGCCACUGGCCGCGUCACCGAUUUCAGGUGCUGA